AUGGUUGCAGGAGCAUUCUCUGCACCAACGGCUGGGUGUGGAAAAGCCCCAACCAGUAUCAAAGCCGGCAUCAAUACCAUGACAGUCAACAACAAACGUCGCGAAUGGAUCCUUUCUCUUCCCGACAACUACGACAAUACAAAACCUUACCGCUUCAUUUUCGGACUCCACUGGCUCACCGGCACUAUGAACGAUGUCGCGAAUGGCGGACAAAUCCAGCCAUAUUACGGCCUCCCAGCGUUCACCAACGGCUCCGCGAUCUAUGUUUCUCCAAAUGGGCUGGUGGAUCAGAUGGGCUCUGGCUGGGCAAACCAAGGAAACGAGGACAUUGAUUUCUUGACCAAGAUCAUGGAGACAACCAACAAUGAGUUGUGCAUUGAGGACAAUCUUCGUUUCUCGAUGGGCUUUAGCUACGGGGCUGGCAUGUCGCAUUCACUCGCAUGCUCUUUGGGUGGCAAGCUCCGAGCAGUUGCCGCCUUCUCUGGCGCAUUGCUGAGUGGGUGCGCCAACGGAGACGCACCGGUAGCCUUUUAUGGACAACACGGCAACAAUGAUAAUGUUCUGCCCAUAGCUAGUGGAAGACAGAUCAGGGACACUUGGGUUCAACGGAAUGGCUGUGCGGCUCAGUCCCCAGAGGAACCAGCCCGCGGGAGUCGCAAACAUAUCUUGACCAAGUACACUGGAUGUAAGGAAGAUAAGCCACUUUGGUGGACGGCAUUCGAUGGAGGUCACAGUCCUAUACCUACGGACAGUGGCACGAGUAAGGAUACUACGUUCACUGCUGAGUAUGUCUGGGAGUUCUUUUCCCAAUUCAAGUAG